AUGCAGUACGUGCGCAACAUCAGCGAUUCGGUGUCGACGGCAUGGAACUCGAUAAAUCCUGCAACCCUCAGCGGUGCCAUCGACGUCAUCGUUGUUGAGCACAAAGAUGGCACCCUUGCUUGCUCGCCUUUCCACGUUCGCUUCGGCAAGUUUUCUUUGCUGCGCCCAUACGAGAAAAAGGUCGAGUUUCGAGUCAAUGGUUCCAAGCAGGAGUAUUCCAUGAAACUCGGCGAAGGUGGUGAAGCUUUUUUCGUCUUUGAGACCACAGACAACAUACCCGAGUCUAUGCAGACUUCCCCCCUCGUCUCUCCAGCAAGCAGUCCACCCCUCGGUCCAGACGAGUCCGUUUCCCAGCUCGGCGUACCCGAAUUCGAGCUCGAGGGUGACGGUACUAAUGGCCCUCGAGGCUCCGCUCGCCAUCUAGAUGAGAACGGAUACCCCACUCCAGCCUCCUCGCCCCUCGGCCUGUCAAAUCCCAGACCAGCUUCUGGCGAUUGGUCUGCCGCGCUUACCCGUCCUCGCAGCGAUGAUGCCUUGCGUCAUUCGGCCCGCGCAAUUGACCAAGAUAACAGUGAGCCUGCCGAGCGUGACUCCGAACGAUCCCCGAGCCCUGGCCCGGAGACCAUUCAGGAAGCCAUCGACCGUGCCCUUAUACUGUCGCGCGGGCUCUCUGCGGUCAAUAUCCCCAGCCAAGUCACCGAGACUGGUGAUCUUAUGCUGGACAUGACUGGCUUCCGGAGCAGCGAAGAGGAGAUGCUCCGCGCCGAGAUCCAGGCUAGGAAGAUUCUCUCCGAAGAGCUGGACGGCAACUACGAUAUUGGUGCGCUCUUUGGCUUUGACGAAGAAGGCAAUCUGUGGAUCUACAGCAGCGAGUCCGCCAAAAAGGCUGCCAUGAACAAGACAAUCGAGUCUUCCCUGCAAGCCCAUCGCCAUGCCGUCUCCGCCGAUGCACUCUCGGACCCAGGUUAUCAAAGCGACGGCAGCGAUGUGACCAGCUCUCCUCGCGUUCCUUCUCACCGUCGCUCCGAGUCCGAUGCUGGCCCAGCCGGCCUUGCCACUCCUCCCCGCACCCCCGCUGAUGCCGGUGUUGGUAAUCCCAACCGCAACUAUGCAAAGACUCUACGCCUGACUAGCGACCAGCUCAAGAAGCUUGAGUUAAAGUCGGGUGAGAAUCCCAUGAGCUUUACUGUCAACCGUGCCACGUGUACCGCCAAUAUGUACCUCUGGAAAUACGACAACCCAGUCGUCAUUUCCGACAUUGACGGAACCAUCACUAAAUCAGACGCCCUCGGCCAUGUUUUGAAUAUGAUCGGACGCGACUGGACGCAUGCUGGCAUUGCCAAACUCUACAGCGAUAUUGCCCUCAACGGAUACAACAUCAUGUAUCUCACGAGUCGCUCCGUCGGGCAAGCCGACACUACGAGAGCAUACCUCAACAAUAUUGUCCAAGAGGGCUGUAGAAUGCCUCAUGGUCCCACAAUUUUGUCUCCGGACCGAACAAUGGCGGCUUUGCGCCGUGAAGUAUACCUUCGCAAACCACACGUCUUCAAGAUGGCCACUCUUCGCGACAUUGCCAACCUUUAUGGUCCCGACAGGACACCUUUCUAUGCUGGCUUUGGUAACCGACUGACAGAUCAAAUUUCGUAUCGAACUGUCGAUGUUCCACGAAAUCGCAUCUUCACCAUAAACUCUAAUUCAGAAGUCUCUCUGGACCUGCUCAGCUUGAACAAGCUCAAGAUGAGUUAUGUCCACAUCAAUGAAGUCGUCGAUCAUUACUUUCCCCCAGUUUCUACACUCGUCAUGGGCGGUGGCGAGGACUACACCGACUUCAAGUACUGGAGAGACACGCCUCUCGAGCUAGAUGAAUUCUCCGCUAGUGACAGCGAUGAGAUUCUGGAUGAAGUCGAUGAGGGAAGCGAGUACACGGACGGCGAGGAUGAGGAAAUGGACGAGCGCCUGGGCGAGAGCUACAUCUCCCAAGCCUCCAUUGAGGACGUUGAAAGUCGCCUAGCCAUAUCGAUGACGCAAAGCCAGAUAGAGGAGGGCCUUGACGGCCAAGUCGACGACGAUGAUGAAGACGACGAGGACGAUGAAGAGCCGAUUGACGAGGAAAUUGACGACGGCCUUGAGCCCCAAGAUGACGAGCACACUAUCAAGAAGAACGCAGCUGACCUUGAAGAGGAUGUUGCUGCGGAAAUUAUUACUGGGGUUGGUCAUUUAUCCAUGGAUAAGAAAUAA